AUGGUUAUUGACUACUCUAAAUGGGACAAGUUGGAGCUCUCUGAUGACUCUGAUAUUGAAGUCCACCCUAACGUCGACAAAAAAUCUUUUAUUCGCUGGAAACAAAGAGAUAUUCAUGAGAAGCGUGAACGCAACAAACAGGAAAUUCGUGCUCUUGAAACAAGUACAGAAGUAAAUACUGAGCUAGUUGCUUGGCUCGGAAGGCUACAAGAUGGUGUUGCUGCUGCCAUCAAGGAUAAAGACGAGGAUACUCAGCGCCGAUUUUUGCGUGAAGUCCCAUACAGUCUCAAGAUUGCCCGUGGCGAAUCGCGCAAGUCGCGACCUAUUAGCAACCCUCAAGCACCUACCUACGAUGAUAUGCUGGACAGCUUGGUAGAGCAGGUUCUUGAGAAAAUUGGUGCCACGGCUACCAACGUCGAAGACAAUGCAAGCGAUCUGGCUGCCAAAUAUGAACAGGAGAUCAAGGAACACAAGGACAAACUGAAUGAUAUGCUUGAAAAGGGGAAAACGAGAUACGAUGAACUAAUAGAAGAACGUAACAAACAUAUCAUUUCUGAAGAUCUUCACACGGGCUUUGAUUCAACUCUUAUUAAUAAGAAUGCUGCAACCGCUGAACCUAGCACUUCUUCCUCUUCUACAAAAACUCAAUCAAUUGAAGUCAUUAAUAGCCCAGAAGCUAAGCCCGCUGUUUCUGCGCCUGCAUCUGCAUCUACAUCUGCACCUGCCGCUUCUGUUGCUGCUGCCACCGAUGAUGAUGAUGACGAUCCAGACAAUAUCAAGCCUUCUGCUGCAGCUCUCGAGUUUUCAAAAAUCCCCAUUGGUGAAUAUGAUGCCGCUGAAUCCUUCUUGCAUAAGCAUCGUGAAAUUGUCUCCGAGCGCGAAAAAGAUGCUUUAAUGAUGGAGGCCUUUGCUGCGCAGUUUGCUGGUGAUGAGGCUGCUACCGAACGCAUAGUCUACAAUGCCUUGAUUCUUCAGUACUCUGCGACUUUCGGUCCUGACGGUAUUCGUGUCUUCUUUGCUCGUGUUUUAAGAGGACCUGAACACGCUCGUGCAUCAUUCUUAAAGGAUGUUGAAUUCACAACCAAUCAUAUUAAGAACAGAUGCCGCAUUCUUUCUGAGCAGGAAAAGGCUAGUGGCGAAGAUGAGGGAGAAGCCAUUGUUCAGUUGCAACCAAGUCUGGCUUCUGGAGACAAUCUUUCUGUUGUUAUUCCACCUGAAAAUAGCGAAGACGAGAAUAUCCGCAAAAUCCGUGAAGCUUAUGAUACUUUGAGUCCCGAACUGCGUACUGCUGUUGAAUCCAAGAGUUUGAAAUCUGUUAACAAAGUGUUGGCUACCAUGACUUUUGAAGAAGGUGAGGCUGUUAUUCAAUUCUUUGAGGCCACUGGUAUCUUUGAUAUUGACGGUAAUGUCUAUGACGAAGAGGACUUCAAGAAAAUUCAAGAAGAACGUGCCAAGGAAGCUGCUGCUAAAGAGGAAGUUGCUAAAGAAGAAGUGAAGUCCGCUUAA